UUCAUGACAUGCCACGCCAUCCCUUCUCCCCUUGCAUUCUGCCUGUCCUGGGGUUGGCAGCAGUGUUGGAGGAGGCGGGACACAUCGUACAAGUUCAGGAAGAAACACGCCAGGCUGGCUGCUCUCCCAUCGCCCUGGAGGUAGCGUGGGAAAGUAAAGGCAGCAGCUCAGAGCAGGCGCUGGCCCAGGGUAUCGGUGGGUGCUCCGUCACUGGCCACAGCAGAGAGGCUCUUCUGGCUCCUGCGGGUGGUGACAAGCCUCUUCAUUGGAGCAGUGGUCCUCAGUGAGUAUGGGGGUCUCAGUGUGUUCAGAGACAGAUGGGAAGGUGCAAGGACGGACAAGGAGAGCAUGGAGGAGUAAGGUGGGAAGAUGAACAGAACAGCUGAGUCCAUCUUGCAAGAUGAGCUCACAGGGAAGGCCAAACCUCUUCUGUGCCCAGGAUCUGAGCCCAGCAGGACAAUCAUAGAAUCACAGAACAUCCCAAGUUGGAAGGGACAUGCAAGGGUCAUCUAGUCCAACUCCCAGCUCCACACAGGAACUACCUGAAAUUCAAAUCUUAUAUCUAAAGGCUUCUUGGAUUAGCAAAGAUAGGAACCACAGACACUAAGACACUUCCCUUCCAAAAGUUGGUGGACCAAAUCUGGUUUCCUAUCUGCCAGGAGACCCAGACAAACUGGCUGCAGUUAGAGGAAGAUCGGUGCCUGGAUGGCACUCACACACAAGCCAUUGCCUCUAGGGCUGGGGACUGAGCUGAGCAUGUGGAGAAAGAAUCCCCAAUGGGGCUUCUGGGGAAGUGGGUAGGUGUUCGGGGAGGUUUGUGGACCAUGCUUCUCUGCUCAUAAUCCUGCUUAUAAACCAGGCCUUGCCUUUGGAAUGUUGUUUGUGCCAUGGCGACACUCAUAGUAUGUCUUUCCAGUGUACAUUGUCCCUAAGAUGUCUGGCCACCAGGACAAAGCUAUCCCUCAUCUUUACAGCCAUGCAGUUCACGAGGGACUGGGAGAGUGGCUGGGUGACAGCAAACACCUCCUACAAAUCCUUCAGCCAUGUCAUGGUGAAUGCAGAUAUUGGGCUGCACAUCGGCCUGGCAGGGGUGAACAUCACACUGGUGGGAAACCCGGUGAAUCAGGUCAACGAGACCAUCAACUACAAUGAGCACUUUGCCUGGAGCUUCGAUGCAGACUACGACCACAGCUAUAGUGAAGGCCUGGAGAAGGGACUGCCCAGCCCCAUCCUCUACGUGGCGGAGAAGUUCACCACACACAGCCCCUGCAACGUGCACAGGCAGUAUCGCAUCUCCAGCUGCUAUGCAUCCAUUAUGCUGUGGAUGGCCUUAUGCACCUGGCUCAUUUCUAUCCUGCUCUUCUCCAUGCCCGUCCUCCUUUAUGGCGGCUACAUGCUCCUGCUCACUGCCGUGCUGAUGCUUUUCUCACUGCUCUUCUUCAUCACGGUGAGGAACAUCCCAAAGUGCCCCAUCCAGUUUGGGCCAGCCUCCCUGAAAACAGAUUACGGCAAAUCUUUUUGGCUGACAUUCACAACAGGGCUGCUCUGCCUGCUUCUGGGGCUGGGUGUGAUUGUUCUCAACUCCGUGCACCCACAGAAAUUGAAGCUUGUCUUCAACCUGGACAAGGGAAUGAGAGAAGAAGUAGAUGGGUGGGACAAGUCCCACCUGCCAGCAGAGUCCAGCUCCUCUGAGCAGGAUGUACUGAUGGUGUCCCUGGAUGAGCUCUGUGAGGUGACAGCCACUAAACUGUAAGACAAAAACAACAUAGUCUUGGAGGUCUCCUUGAUAUGGAAGCGAAACCAAAAGAAACUGGAGAGGAAUCAAAUCUAUAUAAUAAACAUAUAAGUAUGAACCAAAGGAGAAGCAACCCCUACACACAUCCCAAUAGCACACUCACCCAAAAGGUCUGCAAGAAGCCCACUCUGCCCAACAGUGCUCUUCCCAACAACAGGUAGAGAAGAAUGAGCAGAGCUAUGGGCACUAAAAUACCCUCAUAUUCAGCAUCUGCUCUUGGUCUGGAGUGAAGGAGGGGUUGGCAAGGAAUCCCACAAAUUAGCAGGAUGUUGUUUGUACCAAACUUUGGAAAUUUCUUCUGUGUUGGAAGCGCCAAACCUUGGAGGCAUCCUAAAUGUUGGAGGUACCAAGUCUUGCAGAAUUCUUGCAUGUCAGAGACACCAAACCCUAGAGACCUCCUGGAUAUCAGAAAUACUAAAUCUUGGAGGCUCCCUGGAUGUCAAAGAUACAUAUCAGAUGUCAAAUGCAGAAACAUCAGUGAUGAUCACAAAAUGUGACUUACCAAGACUCUUAUGGCCUUCUGCAAGGAAGACAAUCUGUUUUGGUGGGUGGGAAGGAAGGAAUGGAAGUGCAUUCCCAGUGCCCCAGUCAGUGUCUGUAAACAAUUUGCAGGAGGAGGGUACCUAGAAGGUUUGGUUUCAUGCUGCUUACUUGCCCACUUGUUAUGGGGUGUGCAAAGAUGUAAUCCUACAGACCCUCAAUGGACGUGGCCAACCACUCCUGGCUGCUGGCAGCUAGCAGGUACCUUGGUCAUGCAGGAUGUGUAUUUCAGGUUUGCAUCCCUUUAACUCUGUGCAGACUUUGCAACACCAUUUCUCUGUUUUGUACUCACUUACUGUCCCUUCCGUCUCAAUAAAGUAAUCUGGACCCAG